AGGAUGGACGAGUCCGGAGAGCGCAGCCUCCCGGAGCUGGGCAGUCAGGGUUCUGGAGGCGGUGAGGACAUUGAGAUCAUCGUGAAUGUGGGGGGCGUGCGGCAGGUGCUGUACGGGGACCUCCUGAGCCAGUACCCCGAGACCAGACUGGCGGAAUUAAUUAACUGCUUGGCCGGGGGCUACGACACCAUCUUUUCUCUGUGCGACGACUACGACCCAGGGAAGCGCGAGUUCUACUUUGACAGAGAUCCUGACGCGUUCAAGUGUGUCAUCGAGGUGUAUUAUUUUGGAGAGGUUCAUAUGAAGAAGGGAAUCUGCCCCAUUUGCUUCAAGAACGAGAUGGACUUCUGGAAGGUGGACCUCAAGUUCCUGGACGACUGCUGUAAGAGCCACUUGAGCGAGAAGCGAGAGGAGCUAGAGGAGAUAGCGCGUCGAGUGCAGCUCAUUCUGGACGACCUGGGCGUGGACGCGGCCGAGAGCCGCUGGCGGCGCUGUCAGAAGUGCGUAUGGAAGUUCUUGGAGAAGCCCGAGUCGUCGUGCCCGGCGCGAGUGGUGGCUGUGCUGUCCUUCCUGCUCAUCCUAAUCUCUUCAGUGGUUAUGUGCAUGGGUACCAUUCCCGAGCUGCAGGUGCUGGACGCCGAUGGUAACCGCGUGGAGCACCCGACGUUGGAGAACGUAGAGACGGCAUGCAUAGGCUGGUUCACACUGGAGUACCUGCUGCGCCUCUUCUCCUCGCCCAACAAGUUGCAUUUUGCCCUGUCCUUCAUGAACAUCGUGGACGUGCUGGCCAUCCUGCCAUUCUACGUGAGCCUGACACUCACUCACCUGGGCGCCCGCAUGAUGGAGCUGACCAAUGUUCAGCAGGCGGUGCAGGCACUGCGCAUCAUGCGCAUAGCACGAAUCUUUAAGCUGGCACGCCACUCCUCUGGUCUGCAGACCCUCACCUACGCUCUCAAGCGCAGUUUCAAGGAACUGGGGCUGUUGCUCAUGUACCUGGCUGUGGGCAUCUUUGUCUUCUCCGCUCUGGGCUAUACCAUGGAGCAGAGCCACCCCGAGACCUUAUUUAAGAGCAUCCCUCAGUCCUUCUGGUGGGCCAUCAUCACUAUGACCACAGUCGGCUAUGGUGACAUUUAUCCCAAAACCACACUGGGCAAGCUCAAUGCAGCCAUUAGCUUCCUGUGCGGUGUCAUUGCCAUUGCUUUGCCCAUCCACCCCAUUAUCAACAACUUCGUCAGGUACUACAACAAGCAGCGGGUUCUGGAGACGGCAGCCAAGCAUGAGCUGGAGCUAAUGGAGCUCAACUCUAACAGUGGAGGAGAAGGAAAGACCGGGGGCUCCCGGAGUGAGCUGGACAACCUCCCGCCAGAGCCCCCAAGCAACGAGGGUCCUAGGUGGAACAGCCGACUGAAGAUCUCCCACAGUGACACCUUCAUCCCCCUCCUGACGGAGGAGAAGCAUCAUAGGACCCGACUCCAGAGUUGCAAGUGA